AUGGCAAAAGAGCAAGCCGUCUAUUCUCACGGCCACCACAAAUCGGUGGUCGAAGACCAUGCCCGUCGAACGGCCCAAGACUCGGCAGCGUUUCUUCUUCCCCAUAUCAAACCCAACCACAGCAUUCUAGACGUGGGUUGCGGUCCCGGUACCAUCACUGCAGAUCUCGCGACCUUCGUACCUGAGGGCAAGGUCAUCGGCGGAGAUGCCGUCGAGUCUGUCCUCGAACAGGCGUCCCAGUACGCCUCGUCAAGGGGCCUGACGAACCUCACAUUUCAAAAGAUCGACGCCAAUGCCUUACCGUUUGCGGACAACACCUUUGACAUUGUCUUUUGUCAUCAAGUCCUGCAACACGUCAAAGACCCCGUCGCCAUAUUGAAGGAGAUGCGGAGGGUCGCCAAGCCUGGUGGUAUCGUGGCCGCGCGAGAAGCAGACUACAAAUCGUUCGCUUGGUACCCAGAGACUCCCGAGAUCGCGCGGUGGGCUGAACUCUAUCAGAAAGUCGCAAAGACGAAUGGAGGCGAACCCAACGCAGGCCGAUACUGUCACGUGUGGGCCAGACAAGCUGGCUUCUCGCCUGAUGAAAUCACGGCCACGUGGGACUGCUGGAGAUACGCCGGGCAAAGAGUGACUCAGUUCUCUCAAAGCUGGGCAGGGAGAAUCCUCCAACCUGGAUUCACGGGGACGGCAGUCAGGGAAGGGUUCGCGACAGAAGAAGAGAUCAAGAGCCUCUCUGAAGGUUGGAAGAGAUGGGGUAUGGAGCAGGAUGCCUUCUUAGGCAUUCCUAACGGACAAAUCUUGUGCCGUAAGACAUAG